UCAUGUUGAAGUUGCUCUUAAGCAGAGCUUUUCUUCUUUACCUGUCCAGGUAGCCUCUGUUUUCAUUUCAGUCUUAAUGAAAACUUUUUUGUCCUUUCCUUCUAGAGUUUCUAUACAAAGCAGUCGAGAACUGAAAACGAAUGGGGAUUGAAUUGCUUUGCCUGUUCUUUCUAUUUCUGGGAAGGAAUAACCAUGUUCAAGGGAACUGUGCUGUGGGUAAUGCAGAGACCUGUGAAGACUGCUUGCUCAUUGGACCACACUGCUCCUGGUGUUCUCAAGAGGACUUUACCCAUCCGUCUGGAAUUGGUGAAAGGUGUGACACCCCAGAGAAUCUUUUGGCUAAAGGAUGUUUGCUGCCUGCCAUUGAAAAUCCUACUUCCACAAUAGAAAUACUUAGAAACAAGCCGCUGAGUAUAGGAAGUCAGAAAAAUAGUUCGGAUAUUAUACAAAUUUCACCCCAAAGCUUAGUUCUAAAAUUGCGACCAGGUAAUGAGAAAACAUUACAAGUCCGUGUUCGCCAGACCGAGGAUUAUCCAGUAGAUUUGUAUUACCUCAUGGAUCUCUCAGCUUCCAUGGAAGAUGACCUUAAUACAAUAAAGGAAUUGGGCUCCACGCUAUCCAAAGAGAUGUCUAAAUUAACGAGCAACUUCAAGCUGGGCUUUGGCUCCUUUGUAGAAAAACCAGUUUCUCCUUUUAUAAAGACAACACCUGAAGAAAUAGCCAACCCUUGCAGUAGUGUUCCCCAUUUUUGCUUACCUACCUUUGGAUUUAAACACAUUCUACCACUGACAAGUGAUGCAGAAAGGUUCAAUGAAAUCGUGAAGAAUCAGAAAAUUUCAGCAAAUAUCGACACUCCAGAGGGGGGAUUUGAUGCAAUUAUGCAAGCUGCUGUCUGUAAGGAACAAAUUGGGUGGAGGAACGAUUCACUCCAUCUUCUUGUGUUUGUGAGUGAUGCGGAUUCUCAUUUUGGAAUGGACAGUAAAUUGGCCGGAAUCGUUAUCCCCAAUGAUGGAGUUUGCCACUUGGACAGCAAGAAUGAGUACUCCAUGUCAACUGUCCUGGAAUAUCCAACAAUUGGACAACUUAUAGAGAAAUUGGUGCAAAAUAACAUUUUAUUGAUCUUUGCUGUGACAAAGGAGCAAAUUCAUUUAUAUGAGAAUUAUGCCAAACUUAUUCCUGGAGCUACAGUGGGACUUCUUCAGAAAGACUCUGGAAACAUCCUUCAGUUGAUUAUUGCAGCAUACAAGGAACUGCGAUCAGAAGUGGAACUGGAGGUGUUGGGAGAUACAGAGGGACUCAGCCUGUCAUUCACUGCUAUCUGUAAUAAUAGCACUGUCUUCCCAAACCAAAAAAAAUGCUCUCACAUAAAAGUGGGAGGCACAGCAACAUUCAAUGUGACUGUAAGCCUAUCAACCUGUGAGAAAAGAAGCAGGCACAUCACCAUCAAGCCUGUGGGCCUGGCAGAUGCCCUAGAAAUUGAGAUCAUCCCCCAGUGCAGCUGCAGCUGUCAAAAGGACGUAGAAGUGAACAGUUUCAGGUGUAGCGGAGGAAAGGGCUCCUUCCAGUGUGGGGUGUGCAUUUGUAACCCUGGCAACAUGGGUCCUCUCUGUGAAUGUGACGAGAACGCCUUGAGCAGUGACUCAUGUAGAGAUGCCCUUGGUCAUGCCUCCUGCAGCGGAAGGGGAGACUGCUACUGUGGCCAAUGCAUUUGCCACCUGUCCACCUAUGGACAGGUUUAUGGGACCUACUGUGAAUGUGACAAUUUUUCCUGUGUGAGACAUAAAGGAUUGAUAUGUGGAGACAAUGGACACUGUGACUGUGGAGAAUGUAUAUGCAACAGCGGAUGGACUGGUGAAUAUUGCAACUGUACCACCAGCACUGACUCAUGCAUCUCUGAAGAUGGCAUGCUUUGCAGUGGAAGAGGAGACUGUUCCUGUGGAAAAUGUGUGUGCACCACCCCCGGGGCCUCAGGCCCUAGGUGUGAACAAUGCCCUACCUGUGGUGACCCCUGUAAUUCUAAACGGAGCUGCAUCGAAUGUCAUUUAUCUCCUGAUGACCAGUCCAAAGGAGAAUGUGUUGAUAAAUGUAAACUAGUUGAUGCGACCAUCAGUGAUGAAGAUUUCUCAAAGGAAAAUUCUGUUUCCUGCUCUUUGCAAGGGGAAAAUGACUGCCUUAUUACAUUCCUGAUGACCACAGAUAAAGAGGGAAGAACAGUCCUUCAUAGCAUAAACCAGAAAGAUUGUCCGAAGCCUCCCAACAUUCCAAUGAUCAUGUUGGGGGUAUCUCUUGCCAUUCUUCUUAUUGGGGUGGUCCUGCUUUGCAUAUGGAAGCUGCUAGUAUCUUUUCAUGACCGUAAAGAAGUUGCCAAAUUUGAAGCUGAAAGAUCAAAAGCCAAAUGGCAAACGGGAACCAACCCACUGUACAGAGGCUCCACAAGUACAUUUAAAAAUGUAACAUAUAAACACCAGGAAAAACAAAAAAUGGGCAUUACCGCAGAUUCCCAUUAGCGGUUCAUGCACUAGAAAAGUCUGUUUCACUGAUAGAAAAUGUCAACUGCACGAUUUAAUUUUUAUUUCUUUGUUGCUAUAAAUUGAGGUUUGCUCAAGAUAAUAAUAGGUCAUUUCGAGAUCAGCCUUACUUGUGGGAAGGUUAGCGACUGAUGCCUGCCAGGUUCAAAAUAAUUAAGAAAAGGAGUAUCAGCAACAAAGACUUGACUUUGGGGAUCAUGUUAAUGAAUGCAAAACCUAUUGCGUUUGUGCCUGGGGAAAAAAAAUCCUCAGAAAGAAGUAUCUGCGGAUUGAAUUUGCAUGUGAAAAAUAUGAAGAAUUAGAAUUUCAUUUGUUUUAGAAAUAUUGUCUUUGUCCUAGCAGAACCACAAAACCUUGCCAAUACCUACUCACACAACACAGUACAUACAUAUUCCUGAACAGUGGCCCCAUUCUUAGAGGACGACCAAAGGCACUUGUAAAUGAUGAGAUUGGGAUAUUAUUCCAGUGGUAAUUUAUUGGAUAUUAUUCCAGUUAAGAAAGAAUUAUUCUCAAAAUAGCACCAGCUGUAAGACUGCAGAUGAAGUGAACCAGAAUAAUUUGGGUUUACAAUGGCUAGGGUUUCACAUCACUCCAGUCCUCUUUUUGGUGAAUGCAAGAAGGAACUGGGAAGAGCCUCAACAGGCAGAGACCAUGAAUUUUACUCACCAUUGAAUCCUUCAUAGUUUGCAUUCAAACAAUAUCCCCUCAUAUCAAUGCUCUGCAAGCAAGAUUUUUUAUUUGUUUUCUGCAUGAGGAAGAGAAGUCAAAUAAUUUAGAAAUUAGGAAGUCGCCAGAGAGAGACUGAGGCAGAGGAGGACAGAGAGAAAGAGAGACAGACACACAGGGGAAAAUAAAGGGAUGCUAGAGUUUAGUGUAUUAAACUAUUAAACUAUUCAAGGCUAUAAAAUCCUUACCUUCCCCACAACUCAGGUUUUCUCCUGUAUACUCCUAAGUCUGUUGGGGAUUUUUUGGGGGGGCGGGGUAAGAAAAAUUACUUUUUUUUAAGAGUGUCAGGUAACUUAACUGGCAAAGAGCUCUAAUAAUAUAAAAAGGGGAUUAUACAGGAUAAAAUCCAAAGUGGUUUUUAAUCGUAGUCCUUCAUGAAUAACUUUUUUCUUUAUUAGUUGCCUUAUCACAUCAGUCUUAAUCUAUAAAUUUGAUCUGGUAAAUAACAUCCAUAAGCCAUUCAAAAUUUUGUAUUUUUACUUUACAUCUGAGAAAUACAUUUGGCUAUAUAGAGAUAUUUAUGGAUUAUUCACAGAUGUGAAAGUCUCUAUAGUUUUCCUAAGACAAUGAUAGAAAGAUUGCUUCAGUUGAGUGAAAGGUAGAACUUAAGGCAUUAGAGCCAAAUCCCACUGGAAUUUAGGCAAGGUAUUGUAGGCUCCGCAAUGUUAAUUACCAUGAGUUUAACCAUAAAGUGAAGCAGUUUACUAGGUUAAUAGUUUGUCCAUUAUCUAAUAGAACAGGUUAUUGGGACUUUGUGACCCUAGGCGAGUUACAACUUGUCUCAGUGCCGCAGGUAACUAAGGCAAUAAAUUAACAACGUGAUUAGGGCCUGCACCAAGGUGGUGCUAGUGUCAGAAGAGAGAAUUAGGCAUAUAUAAGAGAGAUGUUAUGUAGGCAGAACUGACAGGAUUUAGCAAUUGAUUGGAUAUGUGGAGGGGAGAUUGUGAGAAAGAAUGAAGAUGAUACUUAGGUCUAAAUGUGCAUGGGUAAAGGAAGUUGCUCACCUGAAGCUAUAGAAAAAAAAAUAGUCACUGGAAUGUCAAGGGCUAACUAGUUACGGGUCUCUUUGUCUUUUGAUACUUCCUCCCACGUUACAUUGUGACCUCAUUUCCCUCCAUUACGUCUAUAAGGUAUAUUGAACUACAUUACUAAGUCUAUUGCAAAUUUACUCAAGGCCUUACUAAACGGUAACCUGAGAAAAUUGACGUGCUUCAGUAAGCACAUAGUAAGCACUUAAUUAAUGCCCAUUCAUUCAUUCAAUGUCUAGCUUCCUGACUUAAGGAUUGACUUAGGACCUGGGAAAUACCUGUCUCACUCUGUAUGUGAGUUAUAUUACUGAUCAUACAUCGAUAUCUACAUGGGAUUUACUGUUUUAAAGACAUUUUUGCAUUCAUUACUGGGAAGGUACUUUAGAAAACUUUUAGGAGUGUGUGUGUUUAUCAAUGUGUGGAUGCGUGUGGAUGUGUGCAUGUAUUUGUAUAUUUGUGUAUUUGUGUUGGGGAGGAUAAAGUCUUUCUGCUGUUUUCAAAUAUUGUUUUGUCCCAAGGCUGGUCCUUGAAAAAGCCAAAACAUUAAAAGAAGUACUUCUGUUCAUUGAAGAGUUAAGUUACAUGAAAGUAGAUUUUUUUUGUUAGCAAUGUUGUUGUGUUUUUGUGCUGAUUUAAAUAAACAUGGUAAUUUAAACAAUGAA